AAUUUUUUAAAAUUAAUACUUCUCUUUUCGAAUUACACACAUACACCACAUAUAUUAGCAAAUAAUUGUUUUUAUUCAUACAUAGAACAACAGAAAGAAAAUGGAUAGUAGUUUAGCAGAUAAAUCACAAGGUGAAAUUAUAGAAGAGCUUCAAAGACAGUUAGUAGUUGAAAAAAAUAGAAAUAAAACUUUAACUGAAGAGAUUAAGCAUCUUAGGGAACAACAUGCUAGAAUUCAAAUUGUUACUGAAAAUGAAGAAGAAUAUAUUACAAAUAAAUUUAUGAAAUAUUUAAAUCAAUUAAAAAAAGAAAAAGAAGAACUUGCCCUUAAAGUAGAACAAGAAGAAGAGUACCUAACCAAUACAUUACAGAAAAAAAUGUUAGCAAUAAUGAAAGAAAAGGUCGAUCUUGAAAAUCAAUUAGAGCAAGAGGAGGAAUUUAUUGUUAAUAAAUUACAAAAGCAAAUUCAAGAAGUUAUGAAAGAUAAAAAGGUUUUAGAAAAAAGAUUAGAAAAUGAAAUAAAUGAUCAUAAAUAUUUAUUAAAGUUAGAAGAUGAAGUGAUCGAAUUAAGAGAUAAAAUUAAAGAAUUGGAGAAAGAACAAGGUGAAGGUAUUGCAAAGAAAGAGGAUAUUGAUGCAUUAAAAGCUGAAAACUUUGUACUUGGUCAAAAAAUUAUUAGGGAACAAGAAAAACUUUCAAAAGUUAAUUCUGAAAAUACUAGAUUAAUGUCAAAUUUAGAAAUUGAUGACGAAAGAAACUUUAAUAAAUCUAAAAGAAAUAGAAGUAUUUCAUUUCCAAAUGAAAGAUUAGCAUCUUCAAACUCAUCAAUAUCAUCAGCAUCAUCAUCUUCUUCAUCUAUUUCAUCUUUAGCAAACAAUAUUAAUACAUCACCAACUAUCACCACCAGCAGUAGUUGCAGCAGCACAUGCAGCAGUAGUAAUAAUAGCAAAAUAGUUGUAAACUCUGUACCAAUCACCAGAUCAAGAUCAUCAUCAUCAAAUUCAAAUCCAUGCUUAGUUAGUAAACUCUUAAAGGAAGGUUGGAUGAAGAGAAAAUUCCCAGAGGGAAAAUUGGAAAAAAGAUUCUAUGAAAUCUCAACUGAUGGUGAAUUAAAGGAAUAUAUAGACGAUGCCAAACAAUUAUUGGUCCAAAGUAUUGAUCUCGAUACUGUAUCAAAAGUUGAUAUCGUUGCCGAUCCACAACACAACGGAUAUAGCGAUUUAGAAAUUCACAUCUCUCAUAGUUCAAAACCAGAAAUAGUUAUCCUUUCAAACUAUACAGAAGAAAUUAACGAUUGGAAACUUUUAAUUUCAGAUUUAAUACCAUCUCCAAAGCAUCAUUAG